AUGUAUGUAGCGCUAUUAGUGCUGGAAAGGGUGCUGCUGGAUCAGAGGAUUUCUGCUCCUCUCGAUAUCGGGCAGCAAGCAACUCUGCUCAUUCUGCAACGAAUCUAUCACGAGUUGAAGGUGGUAACAAAGCGCAUGAUGGAGACGGACAGAGAAGAGCAAGCGGCAAAUAACUGGAAGUUCGCAGCGAUGGUGGUCGACAGGCUAUGCCUCUACGUUUUCACAAUGUUCAUCCUAGCCUCCACAGUCGGAAUCUUCUCUUCAGCCCCAUAUCUUGUCGCGUAG